CUGGAAUCCUCACACUCAAAAUGGUUGGCACAUGCCCGGGCGGCCUGUAGCCGAGAGCAAUGGCCUUUGGUGCCUUCAAGGGCUUUGGCAAAGGCCCGCCAGGCGGCUUUGGUGGCUUUGGUGGCAAAGGUGGGGGUCCAGGUGGUCCAGGUGGUCCAGGUGGUGGCUACUGCGAAGAGGACCGAAGCAGGGACUGGCAGUGCCCAAAUGGAUCUUGUAGAGAAAGAAAUUUUGUCAAAAGACCCAUUUGUUUCAAGUGCGGUACGCCGAGACCAGCAGCCGAUGCCCAGCGAGCUUCGCAGCCGCCACCGAAGGGGGGCACCACGCUGCAUGGAAUGGUCAAGAGCUACAACAAGAAAGGGUUCGGUUUUAUCAUGUGCACCGGCAACUCCGACAUCCAGGACCUGUACUUCACAAGAGAGAACGUCAGUUCUCGCUUACUGCACCCUGAUAUGCCCGGAGAGCGGGUCACCUUUGAAAUUGGCUACGAAGGCCGCCGCAUGGUGGCAAGGAAUGUUCGGCCAUUCGGUGAAGACAAGCAUACUCAAGCAGCCAUGGUGGCGAAUAGUAACAAGGCCCGAUAUGAGCGAGGCUACGAUGAAGAGGACACUAGCAGGGAUUGGAACUGCCCCUCCUGCAAUGAGCGGAACUUCUUGAAGAGAAAUGUUUGCUUCAAGUGUUCCACGCCGAAGCCCAUUGUUGCAGAUCCGCCUGGUGCCCCGUCCAUACCGCGUCGUACGCUUUCUCCUCAUGCUGGCGCUCGUGCCAUCAGGGAGGCCUUGGCUGCUGCAAAGGCGGCACCGAAAGACGGAGAGGAAGAGAAGGAAGCUGCAAGCGAAGAAAGCAGCAGCCCGUCUGAAAAGCCCAAAAAAGAAAAAAAGAAGCGGAAGAAGAGGCGAAGAAAGAGCAGUUCUGGAAGCUCUUCCAGUCGUGCGCACAAAAAGAAGAAGGCGAAAAAACACAAAAGCAAGGGUGGGUCUUCAUCAAGUGGAGGCUCCGUCAAAUCUAGUAGGAGCAAAUCAAGUAGCAGUGCUUGUGUCAUGGAAGAGCCAGUCAAAGAGGCCGCGGUGCCAGUCAGCAGCAAUCCAGACAUCGACAAGGCCAAGCAGGAGGCUCUGGAAAAGUUGCUGAAACUCAAGACCGUGGAGCCGAAAGAAGCGAGGAUGAAGGAGUGGAGGGAGCUUUUGCGGCAAUGGCAUCCAGACAAGAAUCCGCAGAGGAUUGAGGUGGCGACAGCCGUUUUCCAGUUCUUGCAGAAGGGCAAGCCAAUGCUGGAUGGAGCUUGAGUUGCAUGAGUAGCUCGAGCCGAUAAGGGUGUCACAUAGAUCUUUAAUCCGUUGUGUCCCUCUG